AUGCGAGGCUUUACAAUAGCUUGUAUACUUGGAAAUAAUAAUUCCACAACAAUAACUACAACAACGAAUAAACUGAAACGAAAACAUUCUGAUGAUAAUGAUGAACAUCAACCUAAUAAACGACAAACAACGGAAGCACCUGAAAUCCUAUCUCCAUCAUCUAUUCUACUUCUUCCAAGUUCAUCAUCAGACAAUAGCAAUAAUAAAUUAUCAAUAAAUGAUGAAGAACGUGAUUCAUCAACUGAACAACAUAGUUGUGAUGAACGACCACGAAAAGUACGACGUAGUCGAACAACAUUUUCAACCUAUCAAUUACAUCAAUUAGAACGUUCGUUUGAAAAAACUCAAUAUCCUGAUGUAUUUACACGUGAAGAACUUGC